AUGUUUGAAACAACCUUCACCCUAAAACACACCACGCCCGUCCCGCCGCGGAUGUCGCGCGAGCACGUCCUGAGCCUCCUCCACGACCCGGAGCACCACAUCAAGUGCGACCCGAACAUGAAGACCUUUAUCGGCACGACGCCCAAGGUCCUCUCCGAGCUGCCCGACGACGUGACCCCGCUGGCCCCGACGGUCUGCUACAGCGUGACGGACGCCGUGCCGACCCCCGUGCUGUCCAAGGUCUGGGAGCGCGAGUCCGACAGCCACUACCAGUUCACCUUCACCGCGGACGGCUGCUUCGUGCACACGGACUGUCCGCUGGGCGUGGUGCUGGAGACGCGGUGGACGGUGAGGGAUGCCAAGGACGGCGGGCUGGAGCUGGAGGAGGUCGCGGAGGUGAAGUGCUCGAAGCUCUGGGCGAGUCUUGUGAGGGGCCAGUUGGAGAAGAACUGGAAGGAUUAUCAUAAGGCGUUUUUAGAGAUCUGA